UCUCUCCAGCCAGCAGCUAAAGCUCGUUUGUCCGUUUGCCUCUGCAGCGACACGGCGCCGGUGCUAUAAAUAACCCACCGCCUCCGCCUCCUCCUUUACGGCAAGUAGAAAGCCAGACAACCAACGAGCGUCUUCAAUGGCCGACACGCUUCUUUUUCUCCAUUUCUUCUUUCUCUUGUCGGGCUGCGCCUUCGCCGACUCCUACGGCUGGGAAACCGCCCACGCCACCUUCUACGGCGGCGGCGACGCCUCCGGCACCAUGGGAGGGGCUUGCGGGUACGGGAACCUCUACAGCCAGGGCUACGGCACCAACACGGCGGCGCUCAGCACGGCGCUAUUCAACGACGGGCUCAGCUGCGGCUCCUGCUACCAGCUGCAGUGUGCCGACGACCCCCGGUGGUGCCUCCCCGGCUCCAUCGUCGUCACCGCCACCAACUUCUGCCCGCCCAACUCCGCCCUUCCCAACGACGACGGCGGCUGGUGCAACCCCCCGCGCCCGCACUUCGAUCUCGCCCAGCCCGCAUUUCUCCAGAUCGCGCAGUACCGCGCCGGCAUCGUCCCCGUCUCCUUCCGCAGAGUGCCCUGCGUGAAGAAGGGAGGAAUACGGUUCACCGUCAACGGACAUUCCUACUUCAACUUGGUCCUGAUCACGAACGUGGCCGGAGCCGGCGACGUGCACUCGGUGUCGAUCAAAGGCUCCAAGGGCGGCUGGCAGGCGAUGUCCCGCAACUGGGGCCAGAACUGGCAGAGCAACUCGUUCCUUGACGGCCAGUCCCUCUCCUUCCAGGUGACGACCAGCGACGGCCGGACCGUCACCAGCUUCGACGUCGCCCCCGCCGGCUGGCAGUUCGGCCAGACCUUCGAGGGAGGCCAAUUCUAGGCCUCGCAAGUCAGAGGCGAAGAGGAAGGCUCGUCGGACGCUGAGGUAGCUUAUUGGGUAGCACCCGCAGGAGCCUCCUAAAUUACAUAGUAAUUGAGCAUGGCUUUCAAGACCUGUAUUAUCGAUCGAUCGAUCCAUCGAGUGUGUUAUUAUCUAUAUAUAUAUAUAUAUAUAUAUAUAUAUAUACUCAUCCGCGUGUGAAAAAGAAUUUGAGGUUUGAUGGCCGGAAUAUACGUUGGUGGCCGGAAUAUAACGCCAGGGGAAAGGACCAAAACAGAGGACAAAGGACAAGCUCAGUUCAGUGAACGUGCUGCAGAAUUGGUGAACAGACUUCUAAUAAUAAUCUAAAAAGGAGAAAUUUAUAUUAAUUGUGAAACACUUCUUGACAUAUUAAUUCCUUUAAUCUUUAUGUUUACCCAUCAGGCAAUGGUGGAGGAAGUCCUAUGUAAAGCGUCAUUUCGGUGGAUGAAGUCCUUUUCAAAUCACAUGGGUUAUAUCCCUUUCAAAUUAUAUAGGUUAUUUUGUUAGACAAAGUCUACGUAAUUUAUAUCCUUUUCAAAUGA